AUGUCAUCUCCACUCCAUCUCUACUUUGAAAACUUGAAGCAACAGCACCAAUUCCUCGACAUUGUUGUUGUCGAGGACAGAUCCCCCUCCAGCAGGCCAUCGCGAAGGAAGGUUUCAAUGUCAAGAAUGAUGGACAUCAUUGGAGGUGAACAAUCUCAGCCACCAGUGACUGAUACUGAAGAAACGACAACUCAAGAAUGGCAACCAAACGCAGCAACGAAGCCACAUUUCGAAAACACAAAGUCCAUUGUUCAUCAUCAUGGCCCCAUCAAACUCAAGUUUGUUGCCGCCUCAGCAUAA